AUGUGGCCGAAGUGGAAAUGUGGUUCUGGAAAAGGGGGAGGUGCAGCCUCUGGGAGUGACAGAGUUAACAAGAAGGCUAAAGGUGGUGGCAGUGCAGUGAAGGUCAGACACAUUUUAUGUGAAAAACAUGGCAAAAUCAUGGAAGCCAUGGAAAAGUUAAAGUCUAUAAUGAGAUUCAAAGAAGUGUCCACACAACAUAGUGAAGAUAAAGGCAGGCAAGGGGGUGACCUGGGUUGGAUGACCAGAGGGUUCAUGGUAGGACAAUUUCAAGAAGCAGCAUUUGCCUUGCCUGUAAGUGGGAUGGAUAAGCCUGUGUUUACAGACCCACCGCCUAAGACAAAAUUUGGAUAUCAUGUUAUUAUGGUUGAAGGACAAAAAUAA